AUUAAAUUUAAUGUUCGGAUUAAGAUUAUCUGACAACAUUGCAGUUGUUUAGCAAGAUUAAUAACAUGAAAUCAUAGACAUAAAAGGAAGAGAAGUUAUAGCUUAUAAGGAUUUCAUAAUUGUGGCAUGUUUGGAUAAGACAGUCAAAGUUUAUAAAAACCUUUAGUUGACAUUCACUCUUAAACUUCUUAAAAAGGUGAAGAGAAUCACAGUUAAUGAAAGCAAUGAUACUGUUUAUGUUUGUGAUAAACACGGAGAUAUGUGGUCAUUUCAAUUAGGAUAGGAAGGAACAUAAUCAAUUACAAAAGAAAUGACACCAAUAUAAACUAAUCUUGCUAUUCCUAAAUGCUUUAAAUAUCUAGAAAUCAAUAAUCAAAAAGUCAUGAUUCUAGGAGAUUCUUACUGUAAAAUCAAAGUUUAUAAUGCUUCUAAUAUUGAUGAAUUACUCUGGGUUUGGGUUCCAUUUGAAGGAUUCUUAAAACAAAUAAUUUAAGAUGGUGAAUAUGUUGUUAUGCUUUUUAAAAGAUUUGAUGAACAUGUAAAUAAAAUUAUUUAUUCUUUCAUUAGGAAAAUUAAUAUUAUGAAGUUUAUUAAAUUAAAUAAAAAGAAUUAUUAAAUCAACAACCAUACUUUCAAAAAAUAUUUGAUGAUUAGGAUCUCAGCAAAUACGUUAUUAAAGCUCAUUUAAUAAGUAGAUAAUUCUUAGCAUUUUAAUUUAAUUUCAAUAAAAUUAAGAUUUAUAAAAUAGAUGAAAAUAAAUAACUAUUGCUAUUCAAAGAAAUUUCUGGAUUUUUAAUUGAUGUUUAAUUCUCAAAACAUAGUAAAAAGCAUUGUUUAUCAAUAAAGAGUAUUCAAGAAAAUCAAGAGGAUCAAGAAAAUAAAAUCGAUAUUCGAGAUCAUCAGAUACAUUUUAUAAAUCAGGAAGUCAUUUGAAAAUACAAAUUUAUAGAUAUAAUUAUUAUUAAUAACU